CAUGCACUCGCUUGAAAGCACUUCGUGACAAGCAGCGCACCGAGGUUUUGGUUCCCUCUCAUUGCCACACCAAGUCUGUCUGCACACGGUGCAUAAUGGAAGCCGUCACGCAAGAACUGCCGACGGCAGCACUUAGCGAGCCGCUUGUAUCAGGGCGGAAAACUGAAAACAAAUCACGCCCGAUUUUUGCUCAGGCAAUAAUGGCAACUUUAGUGUACCUAACAGCUAUCUGUAAUGGAUUAACUAGUGGCUACUCGGCUGUCCUUCUUCCUCAGCUUCGAGCAAACAACAGUGGCUUUGAAAUAAAUGAGGAAGCGGAGUCAUGGAUUGUGAGCAUCUAUAUUGGUAGUACAUCUGUGGGCUGUCUGCUGAGUGGAGUCCUCAUGCAUUUGUGGGGCAGAAAACGCGCUGCUCAGAUUGCUGUUUCGUGUGUCUGUACUGGCUGGUUACUGAUAGCCAUAACAAGUACAUCCCCUCUCAUGCUUCUGGGGAGAAUGCUGGGUGGCUUGGGGAAAGGAAUCUCCACUCCAGCCAUUACUUUCCAUCUGGAAGAAAUGGCAGACUCAAAACUAAGAGGCACCCUCUCUGCCUGCAUCCUCCUAACAUAUUCUGGAGGCAUAAUGCUGAUUUCCCUAAUUGGCACCAAUGUCAGCUGGCCAAUAGCAGCAGGAGUGGGAGCUGCUAUUACAUUUGUAGAUCUUGUGGGCUAUAGUCUUCUGCAUGAGAGUCCAGUGUGGUUGGUCAGAAACAAUCACAUCAACAAAGCCAAUGAGGUGUUCAGAUGGUUAUGGGGACCCAACCAUCAGGUUGAGGUAGAGACUGAUGUACAAGAACUCUUGAAAAGAAUAAAGGAUGAAGAGAGAGAACACACCAACCAAAUGAAUACAAGUCUGGCCUUUAGUCAGAAAUGGAAACAAUAUCUGAGACCUCAAGUAUACAAGCCAUUCAUUAUCAUCCACAUAUUCAACAUUGUGCAAAUUGUCUGUGGAACCAAUCUCUUUAUAUUCUAUUCUGUGGAUAUCAUCUCAGGGCUCAAAAGUGAUGGAAGUCUAGACGUCAACCUAACCACCAUUUUAACGUCAACAGCAAGAGUAGUAUUCAUGGCUGUCUCUUGUGUAAUGUUAGUGUGGAUUGGACGUCGAACAGUUUGCAUUUCUUCAGGUCUUGGUUCAGGUGUUAGUGCAGUAUUGAUUGGUACAUUUGUUUACAUGCAAAGUAUUGAAGCCUGGAUAUUAAUUGGCCUGGUACUCGUAUAUGUGGCUUUCAAUACAUAUGGAUAUUUUGUAAUGCCACCAUCAAUGAUUGGAGAAAUACUGCCAUCUAAGAUUAGAUGUUUUGCUGGGGCUUAUAUUUUCACCAUGAAUGAUAUUGGUAUGUUUUGUGCAACUAAAGCAUUCUCUUCAGUUGUAAAAACAGUUGGUAUUCAUGGCAUUUUCUGGAUAUUUGGUGUGUCUUCAUUAUUAUGUUCACUGUUUAUAUACCUAAUGUUGCCUGAAACAAAAGGGCGCUCUCUUGUGCAAAUAGAAGAAUAUUUCUUACAACCAAAUGUUCUAUGGCUCACAAGAAAUAAAUGACAAGAAACGAGCAAUACAAAGAUAUAAGGAGGCAAGUUUCGUUAAGACUGCAGCUAACAGCUGAGGUUCAAGGUAGACAAUCCCAUAUGCAAGUAAGACAUAUUGGUGCCAUGCAAACCUUCAUGGCAUCAUAAGUGAAUCUAAACACAAUCAUACUAUUAACAACAUAAUGAUUCAAUGAUGUGUAUUGCUGUCCAUGGCAGUGGCAAAUCAAUUCCUGACAGCUUCAGCUGUCAUAACUUUCAACCACCAAAUAAAAGAAAAAUUUAUUCAAAAGAAGUCAGUGCCUUUAACUGUGUGGACUACAAUAUAUCAAAUAAUGGUGAAUACAGUUACUCUUAAAAAUAUAAAUAUUUAUGCAAGUAACUGGAGAAAUAUAUCAAGACCUAGACCAUCAUUGUUAUAAACCCAUGCAAGAAUUAACAUUUAGAGAACUUUGAAAGACCUAUGUUGGCACAUCCAAUUGAAGCCUGAACAAUUAGGAAACCAGAUAAAAAGAGAGUAUUGGCAUUAUAAAUGGUACUUAUGAACAGAACUGUGCACACAUUACCAAUCAUAACCAAAACAUUUUUGAAAAAUUAGAAAUGCAGUCCUCACAUUUUACAGAAUCACUGGAUUACUCAGAAACAACACAUAAAAAGGAAUACAAAAA